AUGCAGCGAAUGACAAGAGAAGAACGAUUCCAGUGUGUUUUUUACCAUCGCAAUGGUGCUGCUGCCGUCCAAACUUCAAGAAUUCUUGAAACCAGCAGUCAGAACGUGUACAGGGCCAUUAAACGGUUCCAAGAUACCGGGAACUAUGAAGAUCGAGAACGUUCUGGCCGGCCACGGAUUUCUAACCCUCGGGAUGAUAGAUUAAUAUUCCGGACCAGCCUCAGUAAUCGCAAGGAUAGCGUUCCUGAGCUUCGAACGGAGUGGAUCCAAAACGGUGUGGUAGCGUCGAAUACCACAGUGAGGAGACGAUUACACAAUGCGGGAUUGAAAGGUUGUGUUGCUGUCAAAAAAACCACUUUUGACUGCUACCCAUCAUCGGAAAAGAUUGACAUUUGCACAGAACCAUGCAAAUUGGACAUUGGUGGACAGUUUAUGUUUUAUGGACUGAUGAGUCUAGGUUCACAAUUUUUCAAACAGAUGGCAGGACGUAUGUGA